AUGAGCCAUCACAAUCAUCACAACAAUGAAGGCUGUCACAGCCAUGAUGAUAAUCAUGAUGAUAACGAGUUUCCCGAAGCGAGUGGAAACCUUUACUCGAAGAUCGAUCUUCCCAAUGUCGCGCUCCUCAACUCCGAACACCCUGCCACUGGAGCCAUCAAGCCUUGGAAUGAGCGAAUGAGCAAAACAUACAUAGAGUCCGAUGCGGAUGACCAGUUGAUUAUUCGCGUUCCGUUCACCGGUUCUGUAAAGCUCAGGAGCAUUUUAUUGAGAGCGGGACCUGAGGAUCAGACUCCCUCAAGAAUCCUCCUCUUUGUGAAUGCUGAUCAACUGGACUUCAACGACGCAUCGCAAAUCACGCCGACGCAAGAGUUCGAGGUGGCUCAGAGCGCAGAAAUCGGCGAAUAUGCUGUGAAGCAAGCGAAGUUUCCGAAUGUAAGAUCCUUGACUAUUUUCAUUCCAUCUUCCCAAGGAGCGGAGGAGACUCGCGUAUUGUAUCUGGGAUUUACUGGGGAGUUCAAAGAGCUGAAAGAACAGCCCAUCAUAACCGUGUAUGAAACACAAGCCAAUUUGGCUGACCACGAGAAGAUUCAAGGAACUAAUGGAGUCCCGACCAGACCAGGAAUGUAA